AUGGCUCAGUAUGGGAACUACAAAGGCUACCAAGGUGCCAGUCGACACGAUGGUCUCAAUCGUGCCCCGCACGUUAUCGAUUACCGCCUGCAAGCCCUCGCCAACUCUUCUCCAGAUCUGUUUACUGGCAAGGACAUCCUGGAUAUAGGGUGCAACAAUGGGGCGAUAGCUGUGCAUCUGGGCAUUUCGUUCUCUCCGGCAAGUGUAACCGGUGUCGAUAUCGAUCCAGAACUGGUUCAAAAGGCGAUAUCGCAUCUAUCAUUGCGAUAUUCCAGGACUGCCCCAGUAGAUGGAGAGUCUGCCCCAGCCGAACCUAGCCAGGUCGAGCGGAAUAAUUAUUUUCCGAUCUCGUCGGUACUGCAGCAUGGGCACCGGAAUUACCAUCAGGAUCUCGACCCCGCAAAGUUCCCCCUUAACGUGGCCUUCCGCUGUGAAAACUGGGCUACGAGCCCUCCUUUGGAACCGGGGUUUUACGAUGUGAUCCUCGCUCUAAGCAUGGUUAAAUGGGUUCACCUGCAGGGCUUGGAUGAAGGAUUACGAGCAUUCUUUGCCAAGAAGAAUAAGAUCCUCGAAGGGAACUAUAAAAAACUCGAAAUUCGCCCAGAUGACUUUCAAUCGAUCUUGGAAGCAAUCGGGUUUAGUCUUUUGCAAAAAUUAGAUACCAGUCUCAAACGGGUCAUUUUUAUUUAUCAGAAGAACUAA